AUGGGAUCCAGGUGUAAAACGGGAUCCGAGUGUGCAACGGGAUCUGCACUUAAGACUGUGAAAGGAUCCGAGUGUGCAAUGGGAUCCAGGUGUAAAACAGGAUCCAGGUGUAAAACGGGGUCCGAGUGUGCAACAGGACCUGAGCACGGCUCGGGAUUCGAAUGUGCAAUGGGAUCCGGGUGUGCAACGGGAUCUGAGUGUGCCACAGGAUCUGCACUUAUGAAUGUACAAGGAUCUGAGUGUGCAAUGGGAUCCAGGUGUGCAACAGGAUCUGAGUGUGUAAUGGGAUCUGAGUGUGCCACAGGAUCUGGAUUUACGAAUGUACAAGGAUCCGAGUGUGCAAGGGGAUCCAGGUGUGCAACAGGAUCCGAGUGUGUAAAGGGAUCUGGGUGUGCGAAGGGAGGCGGGUGUGCAAGGGGAUCCAGAUAUGGGGAUGUAACGGGAUCUGAGUGUGCAACGGGAUCCGAGCGUGCAACGGGAUCCGAGUGUGUAAUGGGAUCCGAGUGUGCAACGGGAUCCGAGUGUGCAACGGGAUCCGAGCGUGCAACGGGAUCCGAGCGUGCAACGGGAUCCGAGUGUGCAACGGGAUCUCGGUAUUCAAAGGGAUCCGAGUGUGCAACAGGACCUGGACAUGGGAAUGUGAUGGGAUCCGGGUGUGCAACAAGAUCCGAGUGUGCAACGGGAUCUCAGUGUGCAGCACGGUCCAGGUGUGCAACGGGGUCCAGGUGUGCAACAGGAUCCGAGUGUGCAACAGGAUCCGAGUGUGCAACGGGACCUGGACAUGGGACUGUGAUGGGAUCCGGGUGUGCAACGAGCUCCAGGUGUGUAAUGGGAUCCGAGUGUGCAACGGGACCUGGACAUGGGAAUGUGAUGGGAUCCGGGUGUGCAACGAGAUCCGAGUGUGUAAUAGGAUCUGAGUGUGCAACGAGAUCUGAGUGUGCAGCACAGUCCAGGUGUGCAACGGGGAUCCGAGUGUGCAACGGGACCUGGACAUGGGACUGUGAUGGGAUCCGAGUGUGCAACGGGAUCUCGGUGUGCAAGAGGACCUGA